AGUGAUGAUGAGAGCAUAGAUGAAUCAGACAAAUCAUAUAAGAGUCAGUUGUAUAUACCCCAAAUGCCAUUAGUGACUCAGCGUGGUAACGUGCAGUACCAACCAUGGACACACAGUGACAUGUUAGCCAUUGAAGGUAAGCUGCCACCUAUUACUCAAGGAGGUAGCAGGUGGUUGAGUAAACUAACUACCUUAUGUCACGGCACAGUACUUUCAUUGGGUGACAUUAGAUGUCUGUUUGGUCAAUUUAUGACUCCAGCACAGAUUGCAGAAAUAGAAAUGAAUGCUGACUUGAGCCGGCUACCACACAACACACCAUUGACACGUAUCAUGACACCACUCAGUAGGGCUUUGAGACAGAAAUAUCCAAUUCCACCAACGACAUAUCAAAACAUUACUUUUAAGAUGAAAACUGGUGAGUCUGGCGCAGCAUACAUAAUGAGAUGUGGGGGAGAAUGGGAACAAAUGUUAGAUGAAAACCAUGCAGCCAACCCAGUUACAAGAGAUAUAUUUCGCGCAGCUGUCCUAAAAGGUGCACCUGAAAGCGUUAAAGCUAAGAUGGAGGACGACCCUGCCAUCCCAGGUUGCACAAAUGAGGUAUGGGAAAGAUAUUUUGUACAUCAUGUAGAUAGGGCUACAGCUAAAUCAGCUAAAGAUGCGGAAGAGACUGAUAAAUUAAAGAAUCAGCUUCUUAAAUUACAAUUGGAUGAAGCUAGAGCUAACCUAAAUCAGAAAAAGGCCAAACAAAUGCCACAACGUGAACCUCCCGUGACAGACUGGACACCACAAACACCAGCAUAUGUAUCACCACCAGAUGUUACUCCACCUUUUGCAUACAGACGGGGUGGGGGUAACAAUAGGGGCAGGCAAAAUUACAAUAGACAGAGGUUUGGAGGCAGAGGGGAUGUUUGUUUUGAGUGUGGGGGGUCUGGACACUGGCAACAUGAAUGCCCAAACAGACUACGAAGGGGAUCUAGCUGGGGACCCCGUGGAGGCAAUUCGUUUGGUCGAGGCAGAGGCCAACAACUGACUGGAGGUGGCUACGCAGCAGGCCAAGGUCAAACCCUGAGCCCUAUGUCACAACAUCAGAUGCCAUCAUGGGCAACAGGAGGGGGAAAUGAAUGAAGAGGCUCACAGAGACCUGUCGUGGGAGGAGGGGCCGAACCUCUCAUGACUGUAGUGGUUAACAAAACACCACUACAGCUCCUUGUGGACACAGGAGCAACAUACUCCACUGUGACUAAAGGCACCAUUGAAGAGACUGAUUUAUCAAAAGACACUGUUGGAGUAAUGGGUUUCUCUGGAGAAUUAGAACGCUGGCCAUUGACUAAACCUCUCACUGUGACUGUAGCCGGUCAACAGCUCUUACACUCAUUUCUUUACUCUUCCAACGCACCAAUUCCUCUUAUGGGUAGAGAUUUACUGGUUAAGUUAGGGGC